AUGAACAGGGAUAAUCUUAGCAUGGUUAAAAAUCCUUUUAUGUUUCUGUUUUGGUCGAUCAAGGACCAACAUAACUAUAAGUUUUUUCUUAAAAUAAUUAGUAAAUUUGAAAAAAAAGAUCUACAAAUAUUGAAAUUAAAUGAUAUUGAAAAAUGGUCUUGGGUCAUUAACCAUUUUUCAGCUCAAGUAAAACUCCAAAACAUAAUUCCACAAGUAAAUCUAGAAGAAUUACUAGAUUAUAAUAAUCCAUUGGCUUCAUCAAUAAUCUACACUUCAGAAUAA